UUUGACUACCAGAUGUUUGUCCCCAACGGCUCCUUACUGUUGCGCAAGCCGUCUCCAACCACCAAAGGACAAACCAGCAUGGCGACCAUUUUGGAGACGCUCCCGAACAUCGGCGAGUCAGUCAAGACAGUCGUGCUUCUGUACGUGCUCGCACAGGACUACUUGGAUUCUGUUCCGCUGGGUUCCUAUCCUGAGGAACGAUUCCAGGAGCCCGAAGUCAAGCUGAUGAUGAUGAAGUUUCAAGCAGACUUGUCCAACCUUAGCAAUGUUAUCAAGGCCAGAAACGCUAAGCUUGAAGUGCCGUGUACAAGUUUGGAUCCGAGUCAAUUAGACAGCAGCAUUAUGAAGUAAGAAGGGCCACGAGCCGUUACGUUCCAACCCGAGAGCGUUAUGCAAAACUCAACAUUUAUUCUAUAUUUCUUGAUAUCCACUUAACAGACUACAACACUGUGUUCAAAGUUAUGCAAAUUGUAUUUUUCUUCUGCUUUUUCAAAGUACUGCAUGUAAAUGACAAGAUUAUUUUCAUGUCAUCAACACGGUUGUUCUACUCAUGUGUUGAGUGUUAAACGGCUUUAUACAUUAGCAUUACCAGUUCUGCUUCUCUGCUUUAGCCAAAUUCCUCUAUAGAGGAGGAGGUGAAAACUCUUGUUUAGUCUUCUUGACCAGUGGUUCUCAAACUUUUUUAAGUGAUGUACCCCCUUUGAAAUAUUUUUUCAGCCAAGUACCCCCUGACCAGCGCAACACAUUUCUGGUAGAAAAGAAAGAGGUACAGGAUUGUCCCAUCAGUGUUUGAUUUAUUAAAGUUAAACAACUUGUAGCAAUGUAUCUGACAGACACAUUUAUGUUUCAAUAUUGCAUAUAGAAACAAAAACGAUAAACAGUAAACAGUGACCACCAAGAAGGCAUAAACCCUUUCAAAACUCAAAUACUGUAUGCAGAACACUGCUAAUUUAUAUGAAUCUUUCUUGUAAUAAUCUCUUGCAAGGAAAUAAAAAUAACUAAAAAUG